GUCGAGUUCGAUUACGUCAUUGGCAUGUGACAAUUGGCAAACAAAACAGAAACUUGACUGGAUUUUAACGAUAGAAGAGGUUAUUGUCAUCACUAACAGUUAAUCUGCAAAAAUGACUGAAAAGACUGGAAAUGUGCCUCCACCUUCAUAUCAAACUAUUCCACAACCCGGGGAAGCUUCUCCUGCUUAUCCCAACGAACCUCCACCAAAGUAUGAAGCACCUCAAGGUGGCUACCAACAGGCACCCCAGCCAACAGAGUACCCAGCCCAGGGAACAUAUCCCCAGACUCAGGGAUACCCAUCUCAAGGACAGCCAGUGUAUAUGGCACAGCCAACCUAUGUGGUACAGCCUCGGGUUGGAUUUGGACCUGAUUCUCAACCGAUGCAAUGUCCACAUUGUCAUGCUCAAAUAAGCACCAGUCUGGACUAUGAAGCAGGUGCUCUCACCUGGUUGUCAGCAGGUGUUCUCUGUGUUUUUGGGUGUUGGCUUGGAUGUUGUUUGAUUCCAUUCUGCAUCAAUGAUUUGUCUGACGUCCAGCACAAAUGCCCCAACUGCAACAAACUGGUUGGUGUGUACCGAAAGCUGUCUUAAGCCUGCAUAUUGAGAAAAAUGGACCACCCGUGUCUUUUUUAUGACGGUUAUUUGGCUUUGAAUAUACACAUUACAGAGUGUGACAUCUUGGCUGAAUUAGAAAAUUUGUUAUAUGUUUUAAUCAUGAUUAGAUAACUAGUGGUUAUGAAAAAUGUUGACAUGUGGAAAUGGAUUUUUUUAAAAACUAGAUAAGCAGAAUCAAAUAUUUAAAUUUUGCCUAAAUAGUGAAGCUGACAUUUACUUGUGAAAAUCCAUAAUACUGGAAAUCGAUGUAAAUAUUAUUAAAUCAAAGUCAUGAUUGCAAUUGUUAUUAGUUUUUCAUGUGUACAUAUAUACACUUUCUUGUUUUCUGUUUGGAAAAUACUUAGUCUAAGUGCCAGGUGAAUUAUGAAAAAUUAUGUCUUCUCAAUUAUAUUCAUAAUAAUCAUUUAUGCUAGAAUUUAUGAAGUGAAAUUAGUCAGCAUAAAAGAGGAUUGUAAGGAACUAAUUCCAUCAAUGAUAAAAACUAGUCACUUUCAUAUUAAGUGUAUAUUCCUAUAUCUUCCCUCUAAUAUGCAAAGCCAGUUUUUUUGUACUUAGUAAAAAAUAAUAUGUGUUUCUAAAUUUUCCAGCAUUAAUGUAUCAAGGAAUUUGUCAAUAAUGUCAAAGUUUCUGUUCUAACACUUCAAUGUAGCAAGAUUUUGAUAUUUCCAUUAGUCAAAAUUUAGCAAGAUUUUUAUUUUCAAAAAUUUUGUAACAUUAAUCAGGCACAAAAAAGUACAUUGUAUUCAACUGUUUAGGUUUCAGGUUUCAAUUUUGAAUACUCAAUGUGCUGUGCUGAAGUUUACUGUAAAAGACGAGGUUUGCAGUGAUGUUUUAAUGACUCAUAGCAUUGUAUGUAAACUUGCUAUUAGAAUCAAAAGAUAAUUUUAGACAUUUCAAACUUUGUCUUACAAAAGUUUCAAGCUGUGAUAUUUUUCAAGAAAAAUUUCAGAUGGUCAGAGUAAAUGUAUUGAUUUAACAUUAACAUCAUAGAAGUAUAUAGGUAAUAAUGUAACAUGCAGGACUGUUAAAAAAUUUCAUUAUAAAAUACCAUCUUAUAAGGUUGUCAAAAAAUUCCUUUAGGGUUUAGGGUAAGUGAUUUAUAUGGAGUAGUAAAUACAUUGUUAUACAGUUGUAUACUCUUGUAAUGUGAUAAUGUCUACCCCAAUUUUUGUAAGAGAAGAAGCUGUUAUGAACUGAUCACUAAAAUACUAAUACAUCCAUAGAAACAUAAUUAACAGCAGAUGUUUCUCCUUAACACCGGGAAGUUCGGAAAUGUUGACUUUAAUGUCCGGUAUCUACUCGCCAUGAUAUUGCUGUUAUUGACUACAACUGCAGCUAGUCCAGAUCCUAAAGGUCAUGCUAACUUGAUGAAUAGAGUUGAUUAUGUUGAUUAUGCCUUGAAAAUAAAAGAUAUGCAAGAUUAUAUGACUUAACUGCAGAGAUUGUGGUAUCCAUUUUUUUUCAGAUUUAUUUAUACCUUUCAAUUUAGAUGUGUAUUUAAAAACUUUUAAACAAGUCAAAUGUCAGUUUUAUCAAAACUUUAUUUAUUUUAAAUACAUUAUAUACAUUUUAUUCUUUAGUGUUAGAAAUCACUCUUGGGCUGCUUAGUUGUGUACUUAACACGCUGAUGAAGUACUGGCUUCAUUAUGUUGUCUAAUAUCAAUUUGUAAUUCACAGAAAAUUGUUAUGAUUGAUUUUGUUAUACUAUUACUGAAAUAUCAUAAUUAUUUUGUAAUAAAAAAAAUUGUUUUCCUUUG